AUGCUGUCCGUUCUCUUCUUUCUUGCAUUCCAGGUGGUGCUUCUUGCCGCUUGGGUCUCUGGUACCCUAGAUCCAUACCAGAAGAAACUUCAGGAACUCUUGCUGGAUUGUAUGGGUGAAAACAAGGUCUCUUAUGGACUUAAGAUGAGUCUCACAGGCAAAAAGCUCAUCGAAGAUGAGAACUUCAGCAAGAUCCAGGAUCAGCUAGGAAACCAACUCGGUGGCAUGUUUGGGAAGGGGGGAGUUGGAGAGGGCAUUGGUUCUAUUAUGAGCAAGAGUCUUUAA